UUUCGUACUGCGAUUGAGCUGACCAUCAAUAGGGCACGUUCACGAAGACGGUAGAUGACUACCCUCAGAAGUACGAACUCGGAGUCUGGACUUUGGACGCGCUUUACAAACUGCAGAACAGCCUAAAUGCGACGGUCUCCAGCCUUCUCAAAGCAAAGGAAGAGCUCAUGGCGCAGAUUAAGGCUGGCCCGGGGCAGCGUAGUGUAAGACUUGAGGGGAUGUGUCAGGAUUACCUCUCAAAGUUUGAGGACAGCUUGGUACAGCUAACUGCUGUCAGUGUUCAACUAGAUCGAAGGAUCGAGUUGAAUACACGCAACAAGGACGCCACCUCUGAUAUUUUGACAAUGAGAGACAGUCGUACGGGGAUCUCUCAAAACGGAACAGUUCAGAGACUGACCUACUUAACCAUCGGGUACUUACCUAUAGCGUUGAUGGCUGCAAUAUUUGCUAUACCGAAGGAGCAGAACGUGCUUUACUUUCCCAGUAUGGCUGACCACGGUCGCUCGUGGUUCAUCGGCGCCAUCUUCAUAAUUUCCUUCUUCACCUACACUCUGGCCGUCUACAUCGGAGCCAUCUUGAACUACAUCGGAGCCGUCUUGAAUAUCGUUUUGAACCCCCUUCAAGCCUUCUUCCGAUAUCCACCGCCGCCGCCUGCUGGAGGGGAGAGUAAGAGGAAGAAGGCAGGCCCCAACAAAAACCCCCCGAAUUUUUGGAGGGAUAGCGGUAUACAGUUCGUCUUCAGAUGGAUGCGCGAUAAUUGGCUAGUCGGUAAUUUCAAGAAGAAAGACGGGGAAGCCCAAGAGAUAGCAAAGGCGCCGACAGACCCGUUCGUGGCCGCGGAGCAAGGUGAAGGGACAGCCAGGUUCGGCAGUGGCAGCUCGGGCGACUCGGAUGAUGCGAUGGCGAAGCAGCCUGAGGUUAAGGAAACUUCCGUAUAGCGUUUGGUGUAUAUGCUGUUUAUAGGAUAUUUUUAUUUUGGGUUUUCGGAGGCGGUGAUGGGCGUUCUUGGCUAAGUGUUCAAUGGAGGGUGGGGGUGGGCGGUGUUUAUAUUUUAUCUUUUGG